AUGUGGGAAAUUGGCUGGGUGAUAAAAGGACACAGAGACAUGGAUGAAGAGACAAUCAUAAUGGGGCAGAAGGGACUUCAGUGUGAAAACCUCUGUAAUUAUGGUUUGGAGACUGAAAAUCUGAGAACACUCUCUCACAAGCUGAACGCUUCAGCCAAAAACCUUCAGAACUUCAUAACGGGUAGAAGGAGGAGUGGCCAUUACGAUGGCAGGGCCUCCAGACGACUGCCAAAUGACUUUCUUACCUCUGUAGUUGACCUGAUUGGUGCUGCCAAGAACUUACUAGCCUGGCUGGACAGGUCUCCAUUUGUCAGCGUGACAGAAUAUUCACUGCUGAAAAACAACAUUGUUCAACUGUGCCUGGAACUAACAACCAUUGUGCAACAGGAUUGUACGGUGUAUGAAACAGAAAAUAAAAUUCUUCAUGUGUGUAAAACAUUAUCUGGGAUUUGUGACCACAUUAUCUCGCUCUCAUCUGAUUCUCUGGUGUCACAGUCAGCACAUCUUGAGGUAGUUCAUCUCACCAGCAUUAUGCCCAGUGAGGGAUUGGGAAUGUACAUCAAGUCAACAUACGAUGGGCUACAUGUAAUCACAGGAACAACUGAAAAUUCUCCUGCUGACCAAUGUAAGAAAAUCCAUGCUGGAGAUGAGGUGAUCCAGGUCAACCAUCAAACUGUGGUUGGCUGGCAGCUAAAGAACCUCGUAAAUGCAUUGCGAGAAGACCCAAAUGGAGUGAUUUUAACAUUGAAGAAACGUCCUCAGAAUACCCUGGUUUCUGCUCCUGCCCUCCUGAAGAAUGUGAGGUGGAAGCCCCUUGCACUUCAGCCUGUAAUUCCAAGCAGUCCUACCAGCAGUUCUACUACCCCGACCGGUACAAUGGGCCUGUCCUCAAAAAUGGAGAACUCGGCACUCCAGGAUGUUUUUAUUCUGUCUCCUAUGUCAGGACUUUAUGGCCCCAGAGAUGAAAUUGGAAUAAUGUCUUGUGAUGACAUUAGCAAAUUUGGAAAGUCUGGAAUAAAAGGUUCUGAGUCUCCAAGCUAUUUUCUGGAUCAUGAAAGUGGGAAAUACUACACCUUAAUUGAAGGUGAGGGUCAUCCUGUGGGGUCUGAGUAUGAGCGAAGCAGAGCUGCUGGAGUGCGGAGAAGAGAAAAAACACCUACUCAUGGAGAUUUAAGGCCUGUUUCUAUGCCUACUGAGUACACCUGGACAGGGGAGUCAAAAGAACAAAACGUGUACAAGAGGGGAAGCAGAGCAGAAAAUUCUCUCCUGCGGUACCUGAGUGAUGACAAGAUCUUGGUGAUCCAAGAAGAACCUUUGAUGCAGAAAGACAACAAAAGGGACACAGGCCGUAGGUCAAGAAAAAAGGGCAAAAGCACAGGCAGCCCAAACUACCCCAUUAGUCCAUCUGUGCUAGCAUCCACUAUUAAUGUGAGGCUUGAACCUGGACAGCAAGAUGUCUUGAAUUUCUCGCUCGCUGAAAACAAUACAGUUCCGCUUUAUCACUCAUUCCAUUACUCUUCCCUCAGGGUAAAAACAAGAAAAUGGUCAAAAGGUGGCUCUCUAACAAGUGGAAGCAGAAGACGGAUUUCCUGCAAAGAUUUGGGACACGGAGAUUGUGAAGGAUGGCUGUGGAAGAAAAAAGAUGCUAAAGGUUACUUUACACAGAAAUGGAAAAAAUACUGGUUUAUUUUGAAGGAUUCUUCCUUGUACUGGUACACAAAUCAGAAUGAUGAAAAAGCAGAGGGAUUCAUCAGUUUACCCGAGUUCAGGAUAGACAGAGCCAUCGAAUGCAGAAGGAAACAUGCCUUCAAAGCCUGCCACCCCAAAAUUAAGAGCUUCUACUUUGCAACAGACUGUCUUGAAGAAAUGAAUAGAUGGAUGAAUCGUCUGGGCCUCGCGGCAAUUGGUUACACACCUGAUGACAAGGACAUUCAUCCCGAUGAAGCAGAUUACUGGAGUGAAAGCGACCAGGAUGAUGUUGAUGGCUCUUCAACGCUGAAGCAGGAAGGCUCUUCAACACUGUGCGACACCUACCAUCGAACACCCUCAGUGAAUUCUUCAAGUCCCUUUCCUGAACCCAAACACGGUCGGCACUUUUCAAGUGAAUCAACCUACUCUCAUUCUUCCGCGGAGGAUUCCCGGCAGGACGCAGCAGGCAGCACACACUCGUCAGGGUGCAGGCCUCCUUACCGAGAAAGACGUUCUUGGCAGGAUCUGAUAGAGACCCCAUUAACCAGUUCAGGGCUCCAUUUUCUUCAGACUGUUCCUCCUGAUACGGAAUACAUGAGUGGCCGGCCUGGAAUGUCCCCAGAGAAACGAAGACAGGCAACGUUGCCAGUUCAGAGGCGUCACAAUCAUGAGCGGGAUGGGCCUUUCCCCUUGGCGGAGUGCCAAAGAGGACACAGUUCCCAUCGGCCACAGAAGCAACGUAGUCAGAGCCUUCCACGAAACAGAGAUGUCCGUGUUAAGGGGCGUAUGAAGUCCAUGGAAGUAGCAGAAGAAAAGACAGAAGAGAACAUACUUAUUAGAAGGCAUAAUAGUUUCUGUACAGAAGAAACCAAAAAUGAGACUGAAGAGAAUACGGACGGUUUGCAAGAGCUGUAUAAGUCUCUGGAACAAGCUAGCUUAUCAGCUUUUGGAGAACAGCGUCCUUCCACCAAGCAGGAGUUCCGCAAGUCUUUCGUCAAGAGAUGCAAUGAUCCAGUUAUCAAUGAAAAACUUCACCACAUCAGAGUUCUCAAGAGCACUUUAAAAGCGAAGGAAGGAGACCUCACAGUUAUCAACAGCCUUCUGGAUGAUCCUGACUUAACAUCAAAGAAGUUUAAAGAUUGGAAAAUAAAGAACUAUGAGUUUUUCCUGGACAUUUGUGAGUACAGUUCUGCUCCGAAAUCACAGAAUGGAGGCUCUGAACCUGCAACCUCAGCACCAAUGCUGACACACACACAUUCAUUCAUUGAAACUCACGUGUGACAGGACUAGUAUCAUGAGUAAUUGCUGGGUGCCAAGAAAAAUCCAAUAAGACAAACACUGUAAUAGUUAUAAAUAAUGUACUCAGCAGUAUUGUAAAUAGGCGGGAUUAGAGAAUAGUGCCACAGGAUGCCUACAACAUUGCAUGAUAAGACAAUAAUAUUCUUUCUGAAUUUUUCAUUUGGUAUGAUCAACUGAUGUUCGUAUCAAGCUCUGCAUUAGAAAGAAGCAGUGCAGAAGUGUAACUGAAAAUUAAUUCCAGUAUAUUUAAAGUACUGUACUAAAGUUAAGCUUAUAGUAUGAGCUCUUACAAUCAUUUUAUAUAUUUAGAUAUAGAUAUACAAACAUAUCUAUGUAUAUAAAAUGUAACAUGGUAGUUGACAUUUACUUCUAAAAUGCCCUAAAACUCACAUUUUCACGCAUCUUUCUUGUGAAAAUAUACAAUGAAAACAUAAAUGUAUUGGCCACUCUUAGAGACGAACAUUUAUUUUUGCAACAUUUCCAGAUAGUGACCAUCUUUGCAAAUAAAGGACAGAGUUGUCAAAAUGUAAACUCAAUCCCUAUAGUGUGCCUUAAAAUGUACACUGUACAUCUAGCAAAUAGAUCCCAAUGUGGCCCUAUGGGCAUACUGUACAUGACAUUUAGAUACUGUGUUUGUAGAAUAAUGUGCCUGCCUUUAACAUGAAUGACUAUAAGCAAGUAGGUGUGGCACAGAAAUUAAGAUAUGAGUAGAACAAUGUUGGUCGUUCG